CUAAGGUCAAAAUAAAAAUCAGAGAUCUGGUCUGACUAAUUUCAACCUCGUCGCCGGAGAAAAUGGCGGAAGACAAAGAAGCUACGACGAGUUCUCUUAGUCAAGGCCUCACUCCUCACCAAGACCUUGAAGAUGCUCCCAAGUCUUCUCCUCCCAAUUCUCCUAAUUCUUCUACUCGUAAGGCUUGCUAUGGGGUUUUACAGAGUUGGGUGUCGAAGAAGUUUAUGACUGGAUUUGUUGUUCUCUUUCCUGUUGCUGUUACGUUCCUUAUCACUUGGUGGUUUGUCCAGUUCGUUGAUGGUUUCUUCAGUCCGGUUUACGAGAACCUUGGUGUUGACAUAUUUGGACUUGGGUUCAUUACAUCUGUACUAUUCACUUUCUUUGUUGGAAUAUUUGCUUCUUCAUGGCUGGGUUCUACGGUUUUCUGGCUUGGCGAGCAGUUUAUAAGGCGAAUGCCCUUUGUGAAGCACAUAUAUUCAGCUUCUAAACAAAUCAGUACUGCAAUUUCUCCGGACCAGAAUACUACUGCCUUCAAAGAGGUAGCAAUCAUCCGUCAUCCUCGUAUUGGUGAAUACGCAUUUGGAUUUAUCACAUCAUCGGUGACACUUCAGACGGACCACGGAGAAGAAGAGUUGUGUAGUGUGUAUGUACCAACGAAUCAUCUGUACAUAGGAGACGUAUUUCUAGUGAGUAGCGAAGAAAUCAUAAGGCCGAAUCUAUCAAUCCGAGAAGGAAUAGAGAUCAUUGUAUCUGUUGGGAUGACGAUGCCACAAGUGAUAUCUCAUGUUGACAGGACAACGACUCACCAACAACACAGUCUUAGGAUUCCUCUCAACAGACUUUAGUUAAAUAGCCGUGUGUAUGUGGCCUGUCUUAAUACAUUGUAAAGAUACUUUUACGUGUUGUUGUGCUCAUUCUGAAAUAUAAAAUUUCAAAUUUAAUACUAUUUACAUAUCUUAAACACAAACAUGUAUGAAAAUACCAUUCAAAUUCAA